CGGAAUUCAACGAAAGCGUACCCUGGGGACCCGCCGUGAUCCACGCUAAAUGGACGAGCUGGACGCCAUUUGACAGCCAUCCACUUCUGUCGCUCGCUGUCACCACGUCACGUCACGAAUCCUUUCGUGCAACGCCAUUCCAACUCAGUCGUCCGCAGAUAUGUUUUAGGCUUGCCAUGCGGCGCCAACCCAAUGGUCCGCCCUCCUCGCCUGACCCCAGCGCUGGUCGAGCACUCAUGGACGCGGCCUCAGGCUUGCGCGCAUGAGGUAGUCGUUCACUAAUGAACGCAGCGCCCUCCCGUUCCCCGCAAUGGCCGCGGCGUUUCGCGCAAGCAGCCACACUCGAUCGCUCGUCGCCGUCGUCGUCUUCCUCUCCGCGUCGCUCCUCCUCCUCCCCUUCUUCUCCUCCCGCCCUCUCUCCCGCCUCGCUUCCACGCCCCCAUUCGCCACGUCAUCCUCCGGUCAAUCAUCUGCCGUUCAAGCAGACUCCAGCCAACCGCUGCUUGACAGCUCGCAGCAGCUGAUCGGCUCGUUGGUCCCGCAGUUAGUGCCAGUCGACGUGGCAGUGCCGCAGGAACGGCUCGCAGCGCGAGUGGAAGAGCUUUUGGCCGCUUGGGACCCGACACGUGGCGUUUCGCCUUCAAGAGAAACGGGUGGAAAAGGGAGAAGAGCGAGCGGAAGACGGAAAAAGCGGAGUAAGACCGCAGAGGGGGGAGCCGCCGCCAAUGCAGCGGAGGCGGACGCAGCUUCCCCGUUAGACGCAUCCGCGGAAGGACCGGGGGAGCUGGCGCAACCGCUCCCCCCCGGCCCGCCGGUCCCCCGCGCGCCCCAUCUGGUGGAUUGCGCGUUGAGCACGAGGCGGCAUCGCAAGGAGUGGUGGGCGGCGCGGCCGCCGGAUGGAUCGCUGCCGCCCUGGGCGGCGGCGUGGGAGACGCGCGCCCAUGCUUCCAAAGACCCGCGCGCCUAUGAGAUGCUUCCGCGCAGGGGGGGAGGGGGAGGCGGGAUAGGGGAGGAUGGGGAAAGGGAUGGGGAGGGCGGGAAGGAGGAUGAGGGGGAGCAGGGGAGGGAAUUGAGGGAGGAACGUGAUGGUGGCGGCUCAGGCUCUAACGCAGUAGCUGCUGCUGCUGGGGCUGCUGGGGCUGCUGGGCCUGCUGGGCUGGGCAUCGCUGACUCUAACGCCCAUACUGACAUUAACGCCCUAACUGACGUGUCCCAGAGCUUCCCACUUACCACGGAUGCUGACGUCAUCAUGGAGGGCCCGCAGCCACCGUGGGUGGAGGGGGGGGAGCGGGACAACGCGCCGCUGACCCGCCACGUGCAGGCGCACCUGUGGCGCCACCAGUUCCCCGCCAACUGCUCCCACCCCCACGUGCGGAGCGCGUGGAUAAGCGAAGCAGCUUGCAUGCAUGGCAGGAGCGGGUGGAUAAGCGAAGCAGCUUGCGUGCAUGGCAGGAGCGCGUGGAUAAGCGAAGCAGCUUGCGUGCAUGGCAGGAGCGGGUGGAUAAGCGAAGCACCUUCUGUGCAUGGCAGGAGCGGGUGGAUAAGCGAAGCAGCUUGCGUGCAUGGCAGGAGCUGGUGGAUAAGCGAAGCAGCUUGUCUGCAUGGCAGGAGCGGGUGGAUAAGCGAAGAAGCUUGUGUGCAUGGCAGGAGCACGUGGAUAAGCGAAGCAGCUUGUCUGCAUGGCAGGAGCGCGUGGAUAAGCGAAGAAGCUUGUGAGCAUGGCAGGAGCACGUGGAUAAGCGAAGCAGCUUGCGUGCAUGGCAGGAGCGCGUGGAUAAGCGAAGCAGCUUGCAUGCAUGGCAGGAGCGGGUGGAUAAGCGAAGCAGCUUGCGUGCAUGGCAGGAGCUGGUGGAUAAGCGAAACAGCUUGUCUGCAUGGCAGGAGCUGGUGGAUAAGCGAAGCAGCUUGCGUGCAUGGCAGGAGCGCGUGGAUAAGCGAAGCAGCUUGCGUGCAUGGCAGGAGCGCGUGGAUAAGCGAAGCAGCUUGCAUGCAUGGCAGGAGCGGGUGGAUAAGCGAAGCAGCUUGCGUGCAUGGCAGGAGGGGGUGGAUAAGCGAAGCAGCUUGCGUGCAUGGCAGGAGCGCGUGGAUAAGCGAAGCAGCUUGCAUGCAUGGCAGGAGCGGGUGGAUAAGCGAAGCAGCUUGCGUGCAUGGCAGGAGCUGGUGGAUAAGCGAAACAGCUUGUCUGCAUGGCAGGAGCUGGUGGAUAAGCGAAGCAGCUUGCGUGCAUGGCAGGAGCGCGUGGAUAAGCGAAGCAGCUUGCGUGCAUGGCAGGAGCGCGUGGAUAAGCGAAGCAGCUUGCAUGCAUGGCAGGAGCGGGUGGAUAAGCGAAGCAGCUUGCGUGCAUGGCAGGAGGGGCUUCAUGUACGCAGCGUUGGAGCGGCGGAGGCGCGACGGCUUUGCGAAGCAGCUGGCGUUUAUGGCGGCAGCGCUGGGGCACGCGGUGCAGCACGGGCGCGUGCUGGUGGUGAGGGUGUACGACCGCGCGCAGCACACGGGGUGUGCGGGGGAGUGCAACGCGCAGUGGCACUGCUACUUUCUCCCAGAGACGUCGGACGAGUGCAGGAGGAGAGUGAAGCAGCUGUCCGAGCUGCCUGCCAGCUAUGCCGGCCCGGACCCCCUUAUAGUCACGGGCCGCAGAGUCACAGACGCGCCUCUGGAGGAGUGGGGAGAUGGGGAGGGGGAGGGGGAGGGGGAUGGGGAGGAGGGAGAUGGUGACAUGUCAGAUGCGGAGAACCCGACCAAUCAAAGUUUGGAAGCAGGAAAGCCGGGCAGGGCAGGGUCAGCAGCGGAUUAUUUUCAUGCGGAAGUGCCGACCGCGUGGGGGAAGCCGUGGCGGGAGAUGGGGGAGGCAGUGGGAGUUGGAGGAGGGGGCGCUGCUGUGGGGGGUGAUGGUGAGGAGAAGGUUGGUGGCGCAAGUAAAGGGAUGCCCGCCCCGAGUCAGUUGAAUCGCGUCAAGCACCUCUGGUGGCGCGCCCAGGCUCUGCGCUUCCUCCUGCGCGCCCCCUCCCCCUACCUCUGCCACAUCAGCAACGUGGUGCGGCACAUGACGUUUGGGCCAAUGGCAGCGCGGCUGGCUGCACUGGGGGAGCUGGCAGUGACUCAAGCUGACGUGGCAGCAGGUGAAGGGCAUCAGGUGCGGCAAGGGGAGAAGGAAGGGGAUGAGAUGCGACAGGAGCACAAGGAGGAGGCAGCGCAGCAGCAGCAGCAAGAAGAGGCACAGAGAGAAGAGGAGGACUAUCAGCGACAGGAAGGGCUGCGGCGAAGACUGAAAGGGCAGCGGGGUAGUGGCCGGACUGCUGGCUUUAUCUCUCUCGCCGCCACCAGCAGUGCCACUAACAGCCCUGGCAGCAAUGACGUCCCCAAUAAAAGCAGCUCCGCCACUGGCAACCUUGCUACAGCCAAUAAGCCCACCUCCACUACAGCCUCCCACAGCCCCCCUACCAUCAAUGCUACAGCAAGCCCCGCGACUAUGGAGGGCGACGUGUGGGCGCGGCACGUGCCUGUGUGGGUGCCGCGGCCGCUGGUGAGCGUGCACGUGGCGCGGCCCAGCAGGGCCAGCACGCCGGCAUAUGUGCGCACCGCCAUGGCGCUCCUGCUGCUCCUGCGGCAGCAGCAGCCGUCAGCGCGCUUCGUGUGGCUCACUGCUGACGAGCAGGAGCCUCUGGAGCAGGUAGCAGCCACACCGGGAUGGACGUGGCUCUACUCGCACACGCCCCGUGCGUCAAACUCCUCCGCCACUACCCCCGCUUCUCCUCCUCCCUCCUCCACGCGGGCCAAGCAGCAGCAGCUGCCGCUGCAAGUGGCGGUGGAUGCAGCGUUUGCCAAUCUGCUGGUGGCCGUGCAGGCAGAUGCCUUCAUCGGGUCAACCCUGUCACCCUGGUCAUGCCUCGUCAACGCCCUCCGCUGCACGGGGGGGAAGCUUCAAAGCACCUUCUUGGACGUGGGACUGUGAGAUGCUUGUGCCAGGCCAGUCGUGAGAUAAAGACGCCUGGCUUCGCUAACACUUGAGUUGCCAUGCAUAUCCAGUGGAUGUGUGCCUUUUACCAAAAUACCGGUAGGUGGAUGGGCCGGGGAAGGGGAUGCUGUGUGCCAUUUCUGGUUGGCUAUGUAUGUUUGUACCGUAAUGAAGAGAGAGAAGAGCGAACUUGC